CUGAAAGGAGCCACUCUCGUCGAAAAAUACUUUGGUAGAACCAGUAGUAUAGGAAGCGACAAGAUCGAUAGCAACAGCGCGUUCUGGAUCUACUCCAUCACGAAGACGGUCACAGCAAUUGCAGUACUGCAAUGCGUUGAGCGCGGUCAAGUCCAGUUGGAUGAUCCCGUGUAUGACAUCCUUCCUGAACUGAAACAGUUCGGAGUGCUGGGCUACGACCAGCAGGGCCAAAUCAGCCUUACUCCUCACAAGGAAAGAAUCACUCUGCGGCAUUUGCUUUCCCACACCAGUGGCGUCGGUGUCGAUGUCUUCGAUCCGCGCCUUCAAGCGUGGCGAAUGUCCCGCGACGAACACCCGCAAGCCUUUUCAGGGGACUCUAAGAAGGCCUACACCAUCCCGUUGUUGUUCGAGCCGGGCCAGGGAUGGGCUUAUGGUGGCGGCGUCGAGUGGGCUGGCAUCCUCGUCGAGAGGUUGAACAAGAUGAAGCUCGGCGACUACAUGAAGACGCACAUAUUCGACCCUUUGGGUAUGACGAGCACAACCUUUCACCCUGACAAGGAUCUGAGCAUUCAGGGAAGAUUGGUCGAGACGAGCACACGAAUUUCCGAUGGUACUCUUGUGCCCAUGAAAGGGCCAUACCCUGGGGUUACGACUGAUGACAGCGGAGCGAUGGGUCUGGUGUCCACCGUCCCCGACAUUGCAAAGCUGACGACUGAUCUCCUUCAACCAACCCCGAGACUGCUUCAAUCCAAGUCUGUCGACGAACUAUUCUCGCCUCAGUUCGGCCCUGAUACUCCAGCCGCAGGAAUGCUGGCAUAUGGAGCAAUGAUGUACGGUCGACUUACCGGAGAGCCGUACGACGCUGAGAAAGUCGGCCAAGCUCCAGGUGCGUACUUCAUCAAGAAGGACUCCGCAAUCCUACCUGGAGGGACGCUGGUGAUGACUGGCAUCCCGAAUCUUGUUUGGUUUGUCAACCGCGACAGGGGCGUAGGUGGCCUCUAUGCUAGCGCCAUCAUGCCGCCUGAUGACGCUAAGAGCUCCGAGUUGAUUGCUGCUUUUCUGAAGGAGGUUUUCCACAAGCAAUGA